ACGUGUCGCACACAAAUGAAGCAGUUAAACACAAACUUCAUAACCACACGACACGCGUGUCACAUGACUGUGAUGUGGCCACCUGAGGAAACCCUAUUCCUCAUUUUCGGAGCAGAGAUAGAACCAAAUCCAAGUUUCACUGUAAAAUUUAGUGUUUUGUUAGUAUUUUCUAGGAGGUUUGUGAGAGAGAUUUGAGGAAGGAAAGGAAGGAAAAGAAAAGAUUGCCUUUAUUUGGUCGGAGAAAUGGAGAAGAGAUCAGCAGUAAACAUUUCUCAAAAACAAAUGGGGAAGAGAUCAGCAGUAAACAUUUCUCCAAAAAAAAUGGAGAAGAGAUCAGAGAUAGGGUUAGGGUUAGGGAUACAGAAGAGGCUAAUCAGGAAGAAGAAGAAGCAGUUCUUGGAGGCGGUGAAGGACUACUUGAUCUCGGAUUCGUACAUGUAUGCUCCAUUGUUGAUCUCUACGACUUGCGAAGAUCGAAUUCAUGGGAAAAACCCUAUUUCUCAAACUGAUGGCAUUUUCAAUGUGCUGAAUCGCCCCGUUUUCAUGAUUUCAGAGAAGCAAGUUUCAACCCUGCAGAUUCAAAGGGUGUUGGUGAAAUGAUUGAGCAAUAAAAGGCUCCGGAUAUCAACUAAUCCUCUUGUGACUCAAUGUAAAGUUAAACAUGGAUUAUUGAAUUGUACUUGGAUUGUGCCUGAACUCAUUUCUUUGUAGUUCUUCCGUUUCAAAUUCUGUAUCAUCCUGUGAUUCUAAAACCGAAUGUUAAGAAAAGCAAAAUAUUUUCUCCCCUUGAUUUA